UGCUAUUUUUCAUAAUAAUUUCACUUAUUAAAUCAUUUUAUAUUAUUAUUUUAGUUUUCUUAAUUAGUAAUUUUUUUCUUAUACUACAAUAUUUUUUCAUCUAAGUCCUAAAUAAUGCUGUUAACUAAAAUAAGAGAUUUAUUUUAAGAAAAACUAUUUACUUUGACCUUCUUAAUUUAUAUUGUAUUAUUUUUUAUUUAUUCAAUUUAAGCUAAUCCUUUUUUUUCUAUUUCUAUUUAUAAGUUUGUUUAUUUAGUUUCUAUUAAUUAUUAUUUUAAUAAUUGGCAUUCAUAAUCACUUAUCUAAUCUUUAUAUAAUUAUAUUUGAUUUUCAUAAAAACUUUUAUUCGCUUCUAAU